AUGAAGGAACUGAGAAAACUUGAGCAAGGGGAGCUGCCGAUAGAGCGUUACGAGCGGAAGUACCAUUCCUUGGUGCACAGAAGUCCUUUGGUUGACCGGAAGCUGCUGUAUAAUUGGUUUAUAGAGGACCUGUUGCCCCGAAAGAGGCGGUCAGCAACAAGCUGGACUAGGAAGAAAGAAAUGAGGGCUGAAAGGGUGGAACUUGCUCACAUGGAGUACCCUCGCGGAAAAAAUGCCACUUCCACAGCCCUAACCGAAGAGGAAGACAGCAAAUAUGGGAAGGAUCUUGAUUCGGAGCCUGUUGAUACUGAGGUUGUGAAUCCCAGACCAGCCGAAAGCGGGCAAGAAGCAGUAACCGACAGCUGA